UCACGCGAAUGCCAGAGCGCGGUUCUGUCGACAGAGCGCGCUAGUAGUUAGUAGAGAACGCCUGCGCGAGAGCUAAUGGCUGAAUUGGACAGCAGCAACGUUCAGUUUUCAGCGCGGACAUACUCAACCGAUUAGGAGUACAUCGUUAUAAAACAUUAUCUGUAUGAACGGGGGACACAAAGGCACAGUAUGGUCCGGGAAACCAGACAUCUAUGGGUUGGGAAUUUACCCGAAAAUGUACGAGAGGAAAAAAUUGUCGAACAUUUCAAACGGUAUGGACGGGUGGAGAGUGUCAAAAUCCUUCCGAAACGUGGGUCAGAGGGCGGAGUCGCGGCCUUCGUGGAUUUCGUGGACAUUAAGAGCGCCCAGAAGGCCCACAACUCCAUCAACAAAAUGGGGGACAGAGACCUGCGCACCGAUUACAAUGAGCCGGGCACGAUCCCCAGCGCCGCGCGGGGCCUGGACGAUAGCCUUUCCUUAGGCAAUCGCGGGCGGGAUGUUUCGGGGUUCACAAGGGGGCCGGGGGGGCCUGUGUAUGGGCCCCCCACGUCCCUCCACAGCAGAGAGGGACGCUAUGAACGCAGACUAGACGGGGCUUCCGACGGUCGGGAGCGUGCGUAUGAUCACAGUGCCUAUGGACACCACGAGCGCGGCGGCAGCUUCGACCGGCAGCGCCACUACGACGCGGACUAUUACCGGGAGCCGCGGGAGCGAGCGCUGGCGGGCGCCGGGGCGGGCUCGGGCCCCGGGGGGGUCGGGGGAGGGGUCGGGGGUCCCGGCGCCGGCGGCGGAGGGCCGGGGGCGGGCGCGGGCGGAGCGGCGGGAGGGGUCGGGGGCGCCGGGGGCGGGGGGCCCUCCUCGGUCGGGGCGGGGUACUACGGGUCCCGCAGCCGCAGCCCCAGCCGGUUCGAGACGCCGGAGCGGCGCUACGAGGCGCGGGGGCGGGAGCCCUGCGCGCGCGAGCCCUUCGCCCUGGCCAGCGUGGUGCACCGCGACCCGUACCGCGAGGAGAGGGGGCGCCGCGCCGACCGCGCCUACCACCACAGCCGCAGCCGCUCGCCGCACUCCUCGCAGUCCCGCAACCCCUCGCCGCAGCGGCUGGCCGGCCAGGCGUCCCGCCUGCCCCGCUCCCCCAGCGGCUCGGGCUCCCGCAGCCGCUCCUCCAGCUCCGACUCGGUCAGCAGCACCAGCAGCAGCAGCAGCGGCAGCAGCGACUCCAGCAGCAGCUCCAGCGACGAGUCGCCGGCGCGCUCCGUGCAGUCCGCGGCGGUGCCGGCCCCGCCCUCCCUGCCCCCGCCGGCCCUGGACAAGGACGAGCCCCGCAAGAGCUUCGGCAUCAAGGUCCAGAACCUGCCCGUGCGUUCCACAGACACGAGCCUGAAGGACGGCCUUUUCCACGAGUUUAAGAAGUAUGGGAAGGUGACGUCGGUGCAGAUCCACGGGGCGUUGGAGGAGCGGUACGGCCUGGUGUUCUUCCGCCAGCAGGAGGACCAGGAGAAGGCGCUCGGCGCCUCCAAGGGGAAGCUCUUCUUUGGGAUGCAGAUUGAGGUCACGGCCUGGAACGGCCCAGAGACCGAGAGCGAGAACGAGUUUCGGCCCCUGGACGAGCGGAUAGACGAGUUCCACCCGAAGGCCACGCGGACCCUGUUCAUUGGGAACCUGGAGAAGACCACCAGCUACCACGACCUUCUCAACAUUUUUCAGCGCUUUGGAGAUAUUGUGGACAUUGACAUUAAAAAAGUAAAUGGGGCCCCUCAGUAUGCUUUCCUCCAGUACUGCGACAUCGCCAGUGUCUGCAAGGCCAUCAAGAAGAUGGAUGGGGAGUACCUGGGUAACAAUAGGCUAAAGCUGGGGUUUGGAAAGAGCAUGCCCACCACAUGCGUUUGGCUUGAUGGCUUGGCCUCCAACAUCACUGAGCAAUACCUCACUCGUCACUUCUGUCGAUAUGGGCACGUGUUAAAGGUUGUCUUUGACAGACUGAAAGGGAUGGCCCUCAUCCUGUACAACAACAUAGAGUAUGCACAGGCUGCUGUGAAGGAGACCAAGGGCUGGAAGAUUGGGGGCAACAAAAUCAAGGUGGACUUUGCCAACCAGGAGAGUCAGGUCGCAUUCUAUCGCUCAAUGCAAGCAUCUGGGCAGGACAUCGGCAGAGAGUUCUAUGAAAUCCCACCUGAGCGAAGAGAUGAACGCAGACCACCAUAUCAUGAUUAUUCAGCAGAUCGAGCAUACUACGAGAAUAUGCGGGCGCAGGGCACCUAUGUGGAAGAUCCUCGGCGCGAGUAUGUUGCCCGCAGUAGGGAAUUUUAUCCAGAAUGGGACCCCUAUCAAGGCGACUACUAUGAUCCGCGCUAUUUUGAUGACCCACGGGAAUACAGGGACUACCGAGACCCUUAUGAGCAGGACAUCCGCAAAUUUUACCUGCAGCGGGAACGGGAGAGGGAGAGAGAGCGGUUCGAGACGGACCGUGAACAUGGUCGGCGCACCAUUGAAAGGAGCCAGAGCCCCUCUCACCCUCGACACCCGGCCACGCCCACUGCCUCCCCGUCCCCGUCCGAGCGCAUGCCCAGCGACUCAGACCGGCGCAUCUACAGCCGCUCCUCUGAGGGAAGCGGCAGCUGCAGCUCUGUCUCGCCGCCACGUUACGAGAAGUCCGACAAGAUGAGGCCAGACCGCUAUGGCAAGGGUGAGAAGCCUGAGAAAGAUCGACCGCUGUUUGAAGUGGAACGCGGCAGUGCGGGUGAGAAGGACAAACGAACUGGCCGCAAGGAGAAGACUGACAAGGAGAAAGGGGAGAAAGCCAAGUUAAGGAAGGUGAAGGUGCCAUCUCCCAGCAUCCCCUCUUCUGACACAGAUCCUGAACCAGACCGGGAGGCAAGCCCAGAUGCACUUGCACAAUCCAAAAGUGGCAAGCUUUUAGCUAAGGACAAGGACGGCUCUAGCAAGGGUCGUCUUGAUUUGCCUCCUUGUGUGGUGCAGCUCACACGUGUAAAGGAGAAAGAGGGGAAACUCCUGGAUCAGCCUGGCCCAGAGAAGCUGAGACAGAAAGGUGAAAAUGACAGCGCCCGUUCCCAGCCGCUGCCCCUGCCUGCCUCAACUGAUUCAAAAGCUGUGCUGUCCCGGCUGGAGCUCCCAAAAGGGGAGCCCCUAAAGCAGGGGAAGGUUGCCAAGGAAAAGGCUGUAGCAAGCCAAGUGGAGGUCGUGGACAAGGAAGGCAAGACAAAACUAAAGAAGCACCUAAAAUCUGAACCUGGAACUGAUAGCAGUAACUCCUCCUUGGAUAUUGACAAGCUGGCUGCAAGAAAGCGGCGUUUUGGAGAGGCGAGCGGGAAGUCUGAUCGGCCUAAGAGAAUCAGCCAAGAGGAAGAGGAGGGGAGGUUUGGGCUUAAGAAACUUUCAGACAUUGGGGCCAGUAAUGCAGUGGCAAAAGAAAAUGAAGUUGACAGGAAAGUAGUGCGGAAAGAGGCACAUAAAAAGGGACCCCAGAAGCCUAAAACAGAAAGGCUGGUUACUGUCUGCAGUCCCAAAGAAAGACAGCUGAGUAUGGACCUUAAGGCUCGACUAGGAGAACCCACAGAGGAGGCCACAGACCUCUCAGACAUUUCUGGUACAGUAGCGAAGUCCCAAUCUCAUCCCAAUACUGCGCUGAUGUUCUCAGAAGAAGGGAGCUUAGACCAUAAUGACACGAGGCAGCCAGAGCAACAAAGCUAUGUAGAGCUCUGUGAACAAGCCUUAGUAGAAGAGAAAAGCACAGGGGUGGGGCAGGAGCACGCGUCCCUGGACAUUGACCACUCUCAGAGCUACCGCAAACAGAUGGAGCAGAGUCGGAAGCUCCGGCAGCAGCUACAGUCUGACAAGCCGGACAAACCUGGCAGCCCUAGAGGUACCGAUACAGAGGACUUUGAGCACCGAAGCCUGGUGCAUGAGGUAGGCAAGCCUCCUCAGGAUGUCACAGAUGACUCCCCGCCUAGCAAACGCAAAAAGGUGGAGGCCUUUGACUACGAUCUGACCACCAAGCGAGAACGUAACUACCGAAGUUCCCGGCAAGUGAGUGAAGAUUCCGAGCGCAAUAUGGCUUCCCCACCAGGGCUGCGGCCCUUUGCCUACCAUGAGGAGGAGGGUGCAGCUAAGGAAACUAAAGAAUCGCCAAAGAUGGAAGAUAAAGUCUACCCACACUUGGAUCUCUUAAAGUACAGUUUAGACUCAACAAUUAGCAAGGCUCGGACCUCACAUCAAGAGCUGCCUAAGCUGAAGGCAGCAUCCCUGGGUUGUGAAGAGGAAUUGCAACAGCGCUGGGAGAGCCGAGCGAAGCAGGACCCGCGUCUCCCAGACAUGAGCUUCCCUGGCAGCCUACUGAAACGCGAGAGUCUUCGCCAUCGUCUCUUGAUUGAUUUGGAGCCCGGGGAGGUGCCGUCUGACUCUGAAGAGGAUGGAGAGCGCAAGAACCACUCCCCAAAGCCCUCCACCUCCCUCAGCUAUUUUCUCCGGGACCGGAGGUUUUCAGACCUCAGACUGCCCACUUCCCUGGAAAAGAACAAGUUUUACUCGUUUGCACAAGAACAGACUAUCACUCCAGAUACAAAGGCCUUGCUAGAGAGAGCUAAGUCACUUUCCUCCUCCCGUGAAGACAACUGGCCCAUCCUCAACCGAGAUUCGCACGUUUCCAGCUUCCGCAGCAGCAAGGAUAAGGACAAGGUGGAGUCUACGCCACGGCCAAUUCCCUCCUGGUACAUGAAAAAGAAGAAGAUCCGCACCGACUCGGAGGGAAAGCUGGAAGAUAAGAAAGAAGAGCCAAAACCAGAGGAACACGAGCGACAGGAGUUAUUUGCCUCCCGUUUUCUUCACAGCUCGAUCUUUGAGCAGGACUCGAGGCGCCUCCAGCACCUGGAACGAAAGGAUGAAGACAUUGAGCUGGGCUUCGGCCACCAGUCCGGCAAGCUAGGAACAAUGGAAGGGCAGCCUGGUCUGGGUGCAGGUGACCUACAGCAGGAGCCAGUGGUGCUCUUCCACGAACUCUUCCUGGAGGUGAUAGGGCAACAACAGAAGGAGAGGGAACAGCGUUUACGGGAGACGGAGAAAGCAAGCAGCGCGUAUGGAAAUGUCGGAGAGAAGCAGCAUGAAGGAGAACAGCAGCCACAGCAGCCGUUGUCCAGCAAUCCAAAGGCGGCUCUUGAGCCUGACCUGAAACGAACCAGCCCUAAUCCUGUUGUUCCAGAUGUCGUUUCUCCCCCAGUGCCCUUCGAGGUUUCUCCUCCACACGGAAAAUAUGCUGUCCAGACAGUGUCCCCAGAUCAUUCAGACUUGCCGAUGAAGGAAGACCACUUAGAAGCUGAGAAGGUGUCCCCAUCACUGUCCUUGCCUCUGGUACAGGACCAACCUCUUGCCUCUAUUUGCAUAACCCCCCCUGAGCCCACUGCUACAGAAAUGAAAAUGGAGCUGAAGGAGGAGGUGGCUGAGGUCAGGAUGCUUGCUGAGAAUGCUUUGAAUAUUGAGCACUCCGAUCUUGAUGUAAAGCCUCCCACUCCUGGAGCCUCACUGAUCAGUUCAGAAUCAGAACAUGCGCUUGAACCUGACCCAGAGCCCCCUGAGUUUCAUUCUUCUGUCUCUCCUAAGCCUGAGGAGGCAAUGGAGCAUGUUAGGGAAGAGGAAGCCCUGACAGUAAAGGAAGAGGAAGUCCCACCAGCUAAGGCAAAAUCUCAGGACGGCGAGGAGGCAGAGAAACCUGAAUGCCCCCCUGGGGUGCAGAUGCAGACCUGUGAUGAUAUGGAGGCAGAGCCGGUGUUACCAUCUAGGAAGCUUAAGAGCAAGAGGACCAAGCUGACUCCACCAGCACCACAGUCUGAUGUGGUCCAAACAGCCAAUUCAGAAAAGCAGGCCAUCCGCAAGAGUGAACGCAUCGACAGAGAGAAGUCAAAGAGGGUGUCCUCUCCUCGAGGAGACUCCAAGGCUGUCUCAGAUUCUAGAGCAACAAGUAAAUCACCCAUCCACGCCUCUGAGUCGGACCAAAGCUCAGAACAAAGCUUGCCCCCCAGCAGGACACGCCGCCGAAAUGUGCGAUCAGUCUACGCCACUCCGCAUCUAGACAGUCUACGCGACGAGACCCCUCAGCACCCUGGCAAGGAUGUGGUGGAGUCACCCCGUUCUACACGAAAGCGCGCUGGGGACAGAGAGACAACUCAGCAGCCGCAGUCUCAGCAGGAUACCCCGGCCGCCCCAACCACCACGCGGAGAGGACGCCCCCCCAAGACUCGUACUCGGCGAGGGGAGGAUGCAUCUCCUGUGAAAGGUGACCCAGCAAAAACGGCAGAAGCAGAGGAGGUUGACGGCAAAGAUGCGGGCUCGAGCGAAGAAGUCGUCAAGGUGGUAGAAGGGUGGCGUUCACCUCGUACACAGAAAGUACAGCAAAAUCAAGGGUCCCCACCUUCUGCUCAGAAUAAGAAAGGGGGGAAAGCAGGGAAAGUACUUCAGAGCAUGACUCAGCAGAUGGAGCUCGUUGGAGGAGAUGCCACAGCAGCCCAGGAUCCAGCUGUUAAGCCGAAAGAUGAACCCCUAGAGGAAGGUGAGAAGCCAAAAGAGGUUGAUGCUAAGCAGCUUGACAACUUUACCUGUCAGACAGAACCUGAGAAAGAGAAGGAAACAAUGGAAUCAGCAGAGGGGAAAGUUAGUGAGGACAAAAGUGAGAAAACGGCACUGAUGGUGGAGAAAAAGCCGUCAUUGGAUAAGUGUGGGAAAGUGAAGGCACCAAGGUUGACACGCAACACCAAACCUACUGAAGAAGACAAAUCUCGUAGUGUGAAAAACCUGAAGAACCGCCUGAGUGCAGAUGAAAUGAAAGGUGCACUGCAUUCUGGUGAGGAAGCAUGUGAGCCUCAUGAGCCUGCUUUGAAGACAAAGUCGCCAAGUAUGUCAAUCAACGAUGAGUCAUCUCCUACUCUUGAAAAGGAGGUAGCUGAGCUCAGCCCUGAGGCUAAGGACGAACUGUCUGACACUGAGCCUCCUGCAGAUCCAGUUGCCACUCUGCUUGCCCAGCAGAUGGAACUGGAUCUGGCUGUGAAGAAUAUUGCUAAAAUGACUGAACAUCCCACCCUGCCACCUUACAAAGAAGCCCCUGCAGAGCCCCCUGUAUUGCUGCCUCCUGUUGUAGAGGAACCACCGUGUGAAAUUGAGGAAGAAAAGCCAGCUAAUCCUGCAAGUGAGACUGAAUUAGCUGCUGCUAUCGACUCUAUCACAGCUGAGGAUAUUUCUGCUGAUGCUGAUAGCUUUGCCGCUCCUCCUACCUACACUUCAGUUAUUCCCACUGCAGAGCCUCUGGUCCUGCCUUCUGCCAGCGAGGCGAUGGAGCCAGAGACGAACCUGGCUAUCAGCAACAUCAUGGAUGUUGACACCGAAAUGCAGCCUCUAAGUCCUGAUUCCAAGGCUGCAGAAUCAGCUCGUGGCAGCUCAUCUUUGGCCCAAGAGGAGUCUUCCCCACCGGAGAUGCCUAAGAAAGGAAGUAAAGUUAGAUCAAAAGCUCAAAAGAAGUUAGGGACCCGGAAGGGCGGUGCCAGCAGAAAGGGGGAGACCUCAGAAGAGAGUGUGUCUGAACCUGAACCUACCCCUGUAAAAAUGCCAGAAUCUGUUCCUGAAGAGAUACCGUCACUAAAGCCCAAUGCAGCUGGCUCCUUGACGGCAGCAACAGCUGUUGCUUCUUCUACUGCCUCCCUCAAACAAGAAGUGGGGCAUGUGAUCGUGGGGUCCAUGGACACCCCCAAUGAAGCAGAGCAACCCCCUGUGGAGCAGCCUGCAGCUCAAGAAUCUGCCUUUCAUUUGGGUAGCAAGAGUCCCUCUCACCUCAGACUACAACAGCCACUCUCUGAACUUGCAGCCCCUCCCCUCUCAUUAUCUCCAACUCGGCUAAACACCAUGGCAUCAGGUUCUGGCAAACCAGCAUCUUCGCCUGAUUGGAUUAAUAGAUCAAAUGACAGUGGAACGCUCGCUGCCCCUGUGUCACAAGCAAGCAUGCCCUCACCACCUAUAGGGGCAGCAGCAGCAGCCAAUGCAGUGGCAGCUCCUUCAGGAAACCCCGCCUUGCCCCCGGACACCAAAGCCUCUGAUGUUGAUCCUAGUUCUAGCACGUUGCGCAAGAUCCUCAUGGAGCCUCAAUAUGUACCUGCCUCAGGCAGCAGCUCAUUGUCCAGCACACUGCUCACUACCUCCCUCGGUGACCCACGUGUGUCAGACAACAAGACUCAGUCUGACACAGUGAUUGCCAGACCCUCUCCACCUGAAGACAGACCAUCGCCUGCGACACCUCAACCUACUGUCCAGCAACCACCUCUGCCUCCUCCUGAGAUGCAACAAACCUUUAGUGAGAAGAUGGUGAACUCUGUCAUUGCCUCCACUGUAACUUCUGUUAUCAGCCGCAUCCCUGUACCCUUUGACUCAGAAGAGGCGCCACGCAUCUCGUUGAGCGACCGCAAUGCAGGCAUGCAGCUGCCGAAGCAGAAAUACCGACCGAGUGGAAAUGAGACUAACCGGUACCAUGGGCUAGCUAUGGGUGAGGAGGGUGCUGCUGUGGGACGUCCUGGGGUUGAGAGCGCAGCUUAUAGCACUGGCUCCAGCCCACGUCUGAGAGUUAAUACUUCACAGGGUGUGGUUGUCCUGAGUUGCUCGGGACAGAAGACCGAGGGGCCCCAGCGGGUAAUUGCCAAAAUCAGCCAGAUCCCACCAGCUAGUGCAGUUGACAUAGAGUUCCAGCAGUCCGUGUCCAAAUCCCAAAUUAAGCAGGAGCCAUUCACCCCUUCCCAGCCAACCACCCCCAAAGGCUCCCAAACUCCCACUGGAUAUGGGCACCCUGGGGGAAUCCUCAGUCAGGCCUAUAAUACACAGCAUGUCAUUUCCUCCAUCAAGCAGGAGAGCCCAGGUUCAGAUAAGACAGACAUGCAGUACCACCCUGGGCCUCAGGGGAAAAUUAACCAGCAGGCUGGAAGCAAUCCUCAGGUCCUAGUCUACAGCCAGGCAAUGAUACAGCAGCAUGGAAAGAAAGCGAUGGGAACGGAGUCCUUGCCAUUGAAAGGUGAUGUGAAUAAGCCGUCUCAGCCCUCUAACGUCAGUCCUGGUUUGAGUCCUCACCACCCUUCCCUAGCUGGUAAUUAUGUCAGUUCCAGCCCUGGCACCCCAAUUGAUAGACCGAUCCCACACCCAAGUGGCAUAAAGCAGGAACCACACUCUCCUCGCACAUCAGGUCACUCGCCGUCUCCAUUUUCCAAAACAUGCCCACCUAACACCUCUACUUCCCCUGUCGGGACCUCUGUGGUCCUGGGCCCUGGUAAGCCUAGUAUGUCCCAGUACACCUCUGGUGUGCAUCACCAGGAGCAGUCGGUCAUUAUGCCUCCGCACAGUGUCAACCAGACCGUUGCCAUGGGGCACCUCUCUCAAGGCGAGGUGCGCAUGAACACCCCUCCACUCUCUGCAAUGGGCUAUGGGAUUCGUCCUGAGCCUCUGGCGUCCCCGCGCCCCGGGCCUCAGCAGCGUUCCACUACGCCCCAGCCAGCUGGCAUUCGGGACCUUGUCCUGCAGUCGCUCCCUGGUUCUGCUGGGUCGGUCGGAGGCAGCGGAAGCUCUGUUUCAGGGGAUGAUGAAAGCAGACAUUAUCACCAGUCCCUGUGCAGGCCUUCUGUGCCACAGCUGCAGCCGGAAGUAAUGGUGAUGCAGCCAGACUACCGUGCACUACAUCACGGUGGUAUGCGGCUGGAACAAUAUGGGCUCCCCCCCAGGAUCCUUAUGCGCCACCAGCUGGGUGAGCACCCAGCUCCUGAAUCCCGACAGACUCGUACCCCGGAGGCCGCCCCCUUGUCGUCCUCCUCCAGUGGCAUUCCUUCAUCCUCUUCCAAAACCCCUCCAGCUGGGAAAGGAGUGUUGGGGAGGGACCCCCCAAAAGCACUGGAAGCCAAGAUGCCAUCAUCUCCUCAUGGUGAGAGCAGGAUUAUGGGAGUUCACCCUUCAGUGCCCGUCAUGGUGUCUCCUCAGGGGGUUCAGAUGAUGCAGACAGGGGCUGCAGGUUCCUUCUCUGAAUACUCUUCAGUGUACCGGGAUAUGCGGGGCUUCCACCACCAGUUCCCUGGCCACUCCCCAUUAGGGAUAAACUUGGCUAGUCGCAGCAUCACCCCCUCACAGGGUCUUCAGGACGGGGAUCAUGGGCACCGGAGCAAAACGCCCUUGUCUUCUUCGGGGGCUGCAGCAGAGCGGGGUGAAGCCAAACCAUCAGAAAGCCUGAUUCAUGGUCAGCCCGGAUCCGUGGACCUGCCCCAUCUGCCCCGGCUGGCGAGGGAGACGAGCUCACCCACAUACACGUCUCCCACGGCCGUGUCCCACAAGCUGGAGCUGGGUCCGUCAGCGGCAGGACAGAAGGGCUCGCCCUCGUUCCUGUCCAGCCCGCUGCCCUCCGCCUCUGGCCCGUCGCAAGUCCGGAUGGACGGCAAAGCCGAACACACCGGACACCGGCCGCUUGACAUGGUGCAGCUUCUUCUGAAGUAUCCCAUCGUGUGGCAAGGCCAUCUGGCACUGAAGAACGACACGGCUGCCGUCCAGCUGCAUUUGGUCUCGGGCAACAAUGUGCUGGCGCAUCGCUCGCUGCCGCCGCCCGAGGGGGGGCCCUUGCUCCGCAUUGCGCAGAGGAUGAGGCUGGAGGGGUCACAGCUGGAGGGCGUGGCACGCAGGAUGACCGUGGAGAGUGACUACUGCCUCUUGUUGGCUUUGCCUUGCGGGCGUGACCAGGAGGACGUUCUGAGCCAGACCCACGCCCUAACAGGUGGUUUCAUAACCUAUCUGCAGGCCAAGCUAGCUGCAGGCAUAAUAAACGUCCCCAACCCUGGCUCCAACCAGCCUGCCUACGUGUUGCAUAUUUUUCCGCCGUGUGAAUUUUCGGAGAGCCACCUGUCCCGGCUCGCCCCGGAUCUCCUCAACAGCAUCUCCAGCAUCUCGCCCCACCUCAUGAUCGUCAUUGCCUCGGUUUGAGACCUCUGGCGAACGUCCCCCCUUCUCUUCACCCCCGGCUGGCACACCCCAUCUUCCUGCCUUCUGACACCCGGAAGUGACUUUAAUCGGGAUACGAAGAAACCAUUGGGGGGGGGGGGGGGUCACAGUUUGAAGGAUUGUUUAUAUUUGAACAUUUACAAUCUUGCAUUCACUCACUAGUCUCAGACUAGCCCUCCAUAUGCUAUCUGUUCCCUGUGAAGACUGGGAAAGGUUGAACUAGACUUACAGUGGUCUGUUUUAUGAUUGUUUCUCUGAUAACUUUUUACUUUUUUUAGGGAUUUUUUUUUUUAUGUAGGGAUUUUUUUGUGGGGGGUGUGGGUGGAUCUAACAGGGGCUUGGUGAUAAACGAGGACAGUCAUACUUGGGUGGCCUUUUAUUUGGGACUUGUUUUCAAAAUGAUUGUAAUUUAUCUUUUAAUUUUCUAACAAAGUGAACCUGAAACAAUUAUUGCACUAUGUUGGGGACAGCAAACAAAAAAACAAGAAAAAAAGAAAAGAAAAAAGAACCAUGGACUAAAACUGCAAAUAGUGAAAAUUGUCAGUGAUGUGUACAGCUUUUACUCACCAACCUCAGUUGUACAGUGGAAGAGACUACAUUGGUAGGAAAAAUAUUUUCUGAGUUUUGAAGAGAAAAUCAUGUCAGCCUAAUCAAUCAUUGUUACUUCUACUGGUUCUGUCAUUCUACUUUGACUUGUGCUGCCCAGUCCUGUGUUGAGGACACGGCAGGGGGCUUUUGGAGUUGCAGUUUAUACUUGAUGCUUCUGCAGCAGAUCACUCAUUUUUUUUGGAUGUUUUCCCCUUGUCCGUAUGAAUAGGUUUGAGUAAGCAGAACUCUGUAAAUAUUAUAAAUAUUUAAGAUGUACACCUGGAAGUUGGAAAACCUUCCAAACCUUACAACAGACUUGACUUAACUGGCAAAACGCAAUUGCAAGGCAAACCGGCGCAUUUUUCACGUGUUCACAAAGUGUUUUUAAAAAAUUGUGCCAAAACCGCCUUUCGGAGGAAAAAAAUGAACAAACAAAACUAAAAUGGUAUGUAAAAAAAUAUUUUCAUACUCCACUUUUUGCCUGAUUUCUCACCCUUUAUUGCAUCUUGGGCUCGUCUUGUAAUUUUCUUUCAAUUUUGAGAGAUUUGAAGUUUUUGGAAGUUAAUUUAUGAAAGAUUUGUUUUUCGGUCCCAAAAAAAAACAAAAAAAAAAACUUGGCGCUUCACUCCAUAUUGCUGAGCCCUCUUCCCUGCUUGUCUUUCAUUUUCUUUUUGAAAUCAAUGUGUGUCAACCCAAAUCUCAAAAAGGAAUGUCGUCUUAGUGACCGCUUUACCUCACUGUAGUGUGAGACCGUGACCUUGAACAAUGUUGUAUAUAAUAUUUUUGGACAUUUUGUUCAUUUGGAUUAUACUUUCUUUUUUUCCAUAGUAGUCAUUUAGAAAAACAGAUGAAAAAAAGGCAGAAAAAACCAACCAGGUGUAAUCUAAAACGCAAAGCUAAUCCUGUUUCUCACUUUUGUGGUGUAAAUAUUUGUACGACUGCUGGUCGACAGCUCUCAUGGUCAUGUUGAAGGCACUUACAAUUUUGAUACUCAAAAACAAGUAACGGAAAGCAAAUGAGAGAAAACCGUAAAAACCCACCUUUUCUUUUUGAGCUGUCUCACCCUGAUGUAUAAUUUUUAUGUGUUUGUUACUGUACCUCUAUGAGGCAACUUUACGAUGUGUGUAAAAUAAAUUCAUGUUGAUUUACAUAAA